CAAAGAUUCCGUCGAAACGGUCCUGUGAUUGGUGAUCCGCUCGUUCCGCUUCCGCAUAUUCCGCUCCAUGGGACCGUACCCUAAGACGAUUUUAGGGACAUUCAGAGCACGUUAAAGAUGAUGUGGUUGGUUGACGCAAAUUACGUUUACACCGUAUGUAAAGCCACUCUGAGGGUGCAGUCCCAUAGAGCGUAUUACGCCUAAGCGGAACGAGCGUAUCACAAAUUACGGGACCGUUUCGACGGAAUUUUUGAAAGAGUUCUAUCAGAAUAAUCUCGUGUUGGUGUUCCGCUCGUUCUGCUUAUGCGUAAUACGUUCCAUGGGACUGCACCCUGAGGCUGAUGUCCCCUGGAGCGGAUUAUGCGGAGCGGAAUGAGGGUGCAGUCCCAUGGAGCGGAUUAUGCGGAAGCGGAACGAGCGGAUCACCAAUCACGGGAUUAUUCUGAUAGAACUCUUUUAAAGAUUCCGUCGAAACGGUCCUGUGAUCUCGUUCGCACAUGUGUACAAGUGCAAAAUCCACCUUUUGCACUUAUGCGCAUGCACGAGACCAUCUUUUGCACUUGUACGCAUGCGUGAACGAGAGAGAAAGGUAUUACCCAAAGCAUGCUAGCCUUUUCCCUCUGAAUCUUACCCCUACUCCCACAAUGCUCAGUCUAGAUAUAUUAUAGGCGAGUUUUUUAAUUUAUCGAUCAAUUGCAUUAUGCACAGAUGCUUUUCUCUGUAAAAACUUUUUUUGCGCAUCGUGCGAUUGAGUAAUCGAUGAGUUAAAAAACUCACCUUAUGUCUAUGGACGCGACAGACUCUUAUUGGGUGCGUUCCACUUAAAGCUUGCAACGACCGUGGAAUCAUUUUAUCCUUGUUGUUUAUCAAAUAUUAAACAAAGAUAAAUGACGCUCGCAAGCGUUGCGAGCGUUAAGUGGAACGCACCCAUUGUAGAUCCGCCCUAAUCCGCUUCAUAGGACCGCAACCCGAGUGGUUGCGCUGCUGGUUGCAAUGGCCGCAUUCAGCAAACUCAGCAGCUAAGUAGCAAUCGAACAUGAUUGGUUCUGACUUAUAGAACCAACAAAUCAACGGCAUUAUUCAACGGAAAAUCUAGUAAUGUUGCUCAACUACUGAGUCUGCUGAAUGCGGCCAAUGAGUCUUUAUUGCGAUUAGUUUUUGCUCUAGUUCUAUUAAAUAACUAAGACCAAGAACCAAUUGAAUUAAAAAAUCACUGCGCGGCAAACUGUAGAUGCAGACCAAUUGAGACAAAGGUUAAUAUGCGAUGUUCGAAGAUGUGGAUUUUUUAUUGUAUCUGCGCAUUUUACGUAAUGCUCACCAAUGGUACAUAUUACGUAUGUCCAUUAAAUGAUAUUUACGCAAGAAAAGGUAAUAAUUGCAUGUUGAAAAAUGCGCAGUUAAGAACAAAGGCAUGCAUAAUGGCUGUUAACGCAAAUAUCGAGCAUCUUUCUAAAAUUAAAAAAAUUUAAACCAUAAUAUUCCUCGAGUAAAAUUACAAUCUAUAAAUCUUUGCAAGUAUAAAACACUUAGCCGACAAAAGCCUCGAAUAAUUAAAUCUGAGGUACUUAAAAAAGGCCAAAAAUAAAAAUAAAAAAUAAAAGUAAAACUAAUCAGCAGGCGCAAGAAAAACUAAAGACUACAUCUGAAGAAUACAAUCUCUCUGAUAUGAUUCUUACAAAUGAUUUUUCAAAUGCUAUACUACAAAUAGACACUGUGAAUAAUGAUAGCUCGUCCACUGAUUUAUGUUUGAAUAUUCAAACAAGAAUAUUGGAAAAAUCUAAUACUCGAGAAACAUUAGAUACAUUGGUUGAGAGAUCAAAAACCAACACUGAUGAAGACAAUUAUAAGAUUCUUACAAAUGACUUUUCAAAUGCCGCAUUACAAACAGACACUGUAAAUAAUGAUAUCUGGUCCACUGAUUUAUGUUUUGAAAAUAUUGAAACAAGAGUAUUGGAAAGAUCUGAUAAUCAAGAAACAUUAAACAUGUCGGUUGAGAAAUCAAGAACCAAUACUGAUGAAGAUAAUUAUAUGAUUCUUACAAAUGACUUCUCAAAAAGUACACUACAAAUAGGCAUAAUGAAAAACAAUAGCUCGUCCACUGAUUUAUGUGUUGAAGAUAUUGAAGCAAUAAUAUUGGAGAAAUCUGAUACUCAAGAAACAUUAAAUAUGUUGGUUGAGAAAUCAAGAAAAAAUACUGAUGAAGAUAAUUAUAUGAUUCUUACAAAUGACUUCUCAAAAAGCACACUACAAAUAGGCACUAUGAAAAACAAUAGCUCGUCCACUGAUUUAUGUGUUGAAGAUACUGAAACAAUAAUAUUGGAAAAAUCUGAUACUCAAGAAACAUUAAAUAUGUUGGUUGAGAAAUCAAGAAAAAAUACUGAUGGAGAUAAUUCUUCUGAAUAUAUUCCUUCGUCUACAAGCGAGUCAUCAAUUUACUCAGAUACAGAAAAUGAUAAUACAAAGAAUAAUAGGAAAAAUGUCUCUGUAAAUAAAACUAAUACGUCUAGUGGUUUAGACAUAUCUAAUCUACAUUUGUCAGGAACAAAAAUGUGUGAUGAUGCUGAAAUGUAUGUCACAGAAUCGUCAGGAAAACAAACACAUUCCAAAAAAAAUUGUUGUUAUUACUGCAAAAAGCUACAAAGUAAGAUAGCACGUCACUUAGAAACUGUGCAUUCUAAUGAAAAAGAAGUUAAGAAAUUUAGUGUAUUACCUAAAGGAAACUACGAAAGAAAGAAAAUAAUAGAAACUCUUCGACGAAAUGGCAAUUUUCAGUUUAAUACUAAAAAAGAGAUAAACAAUGGAGAACUUAUCGUAUGUAGGCGACCAAACAAAGAAUGGCAUAGAACGGCUACUGAUUUUUUACCUUGUGGUAAGUGCAAAGGAUUUUUUUCAAAAACAUCUCUUCGACAUCAUUUUCGUCGUUGCACUGGACGUAAUAGCAAACAUAAUAAAUCAAUAACUGUAUUGGGUCGUACUAUUGUUGGAAGAACUCACGAACUAGCUAAUAAAAUUCUUAGAACAAUUGUCUUUCCCGUAUUACGAGACGACGAUGUGACUCGUGUAAUAAGGUACGAUCGGUUAAUAAUUCUAUAUGGAAAUAAACUUUGUUUGAAAUAUAGAUUGCAACACCAACACGACAUGAUAAGAUCUCGAUUACGGUUAUUAGGACGUUAUCUCAUAGCACUAAAAACAAAAGAUAAAAAUAUAACUGAUUUUGCCUCAUUAUAUGAUCCGAAAUUUUAUGAUGUCGCAAUUGCUGCUGUUAAUUCUGUUGCGGGUUUUGAUGAAUAUAAAAAUGUUUACAAAGUACCAUCUGUAGCAUUUAAUCUUGGGACGUAUAUAAAACAUGUCGGAGAAAUUCUUAUUAAUGAAUGUAUAAAAAAUCAUGAUCCUAUGAAAAUGGAACUGGCCGAAAAUUUCUUAAAACUAUUGAAACAAGACUAUGGAACAAGUGUUAAUAGAACAGUAUUAGAAACACAGAUGCAACAAAAACGACAAAAGAAGAUUAUACUUCCAUCGACAGAGGAUAUUAGAAAACUGGAUAAUUAUUUAACAGAAAAACGACAAGAAGCUUAUAACAAUUUGACGAAAGAAUAUUCAUAUAAAGAGUGGCUAUCUUUGCUGGAAACAACUCUCAUAUCGGUGCAAUUGUUUAAUCGUCGACGAGCUGGAGAGACUGAAAGAAUACAAAUAUCAGAAUUUCAAAAUUAUCACAGUAUUGAUGAAGAAACGAAUAAAGAUAUGUAUAAAUCAUUAUCAAUGGAAGCACGAAGAUUAGCAAAGAAAUAUGUCCGUUUUGUAAUACGUGGUAAACUUGGUCGUACUGUUCCUGUUUUAAUUCAUUCCGAACUACUAAAAUGCAUUAAUCUUAUAUUGGAUUACCGUUCACAUGCAAAAGUACCUCGUGAAAAUCCAUAUCUCUUUGGAAUACCAAGUUACGAUAAGAAGAGAUAUAAAUAUUUAAGGGCUUGCAAUUUAAUGCGGUCUUUUUCAGUAGCAUGCGGAGCAACCAUGUCACAUACAUUACGUGGAACACAAUUGAGAAAACACAUAGCAACUAAAUGUAUUUCUCUAAAUUUAUUAGAGUAUCAGGUGAAUGAUUUAUCAAAUCAUUUGGGACAUUCAGAUAAAAUACACAAAGAGCAUUACAGAUUACCUAUUGCUAGUCGAGACAUUUUACAAGUAUCAAAACUUUUGGAAUAUGCGCAAGGUGAAGAAAAAAAUAACAAUGAGGACGAAAGUACUGAUGACGAUGAUGAAUCUGAUGUAUUGCUCAAAAGAGAUUCAUGUAAUGAUGAAAACCGAUCAUUCUCUUCUGAUGAAUAUCAGAUGAACAUACCAUUAUCCAGUAAAAAUCAAAAUUUAUUUAAGGAUUGUGAAGAUAAUCUAAAAGAAAAACACUGCAAGAGUGUAGGCAGACAUUCAACAAAGGAUAAACCUAUAAAAAUAAAACGCCGUUCGACAUCUCCCUAUGGUCCUACAAAACGAAUUCGUUGGAAUGAAGAGGAAAAAAAUGCUGUUACAUCUGCAUUUGGAACAUAUAUUGACUCUACGAAAUUGCCUUCUUUGCAAGAGAUUAACAAGGUUAUAGAAAACUCUCCAUGUUUAAAAAGUCGUACAGCACCGCAAAUAAAAACAUGGCUGCAUAAUCAACGAAAAUCUCGAAUGCAAAAUAAAUAAGUUUAGUUGAGAUGUUUAUCUAAUGAGAUUAAUAAUUAUCCGUAUACUUUUAUUAUUUUUAUAAAUAGUACCUGUUACAACGCAAUUUAAUGCAAAUUUAAUGUUUAUUUUUAUCGCAAAUUAGUCUUGCGAUUUUUGGUUUAUAAGUACCUAAUAUAACUUUUAAAGCAUGUCAUUAAUAUGUCAAAUAAUUUUGUCUUCACAAAGAUAUCUUUUAUAUUGUGAUGUAAUUUAUACAGGCUUUUAUUUUCUUUUGUAAUGAUUAUAAUUUAAAAAAAAAUAUAUAUUUUUCAAGUACUUAUUUCGUAUAAUAUUUAAAAACAAACUAAUGUUAUUAACGAUAAAAAUGUUUUUAUAAAAGAUAUCUCGUGAUUUAAUUCAGAGAUUUAGGAUGUAUUUCACACGUGCGUAUGAUGCAUGAUGCAUCACGUGUAUAAUGUAUGAAAUGGGACGCAUCUCUACAUUUAUGAUUGUAAAUGGUACGGUUAUUCUUACAGUUUUUCAUACAUAAUUCUUAUAACUUUAAAAACAGGCAGUUAUUAACGAUAUGUCAAAUAUUUUUGUUUUUAUGAAAAAUAUGCUACAUUGUGAUGUAAUUUGGAAACUUAUAAUUAUAUUUAUUUUAUAAGCGAUAAAAGAGACUGUUUAUAACGAGACUGUUUAUAAUUUUGAAAUAAAGAUUUCAAAAUUUCUAAUUAUGUUAAGGAAAUAUAAAGAAAAAACUGCCAAAAAAAUUAUUUUUUAUUAAAUAAGAUAACUACAUUAAUAGCGCUAAAAUUUUGUAAUAUAUUGUGCGUGUGAUUGGUGCAGAUAUUUUAACUUUGCAGGAUUUUAAAGUUUUUGUCUUUUGCACUUAAAAAAAAAAA